AUGGGAAAAAGGCUGCCUUUUGGCUGGGCUACGUCUACAACUGCAAGUACAAAUCUCCCUUCGACCCAUCCAGUCCGUCUUGGCCUUGCUCUGAAUUUCUCUAUUUUCUACUACAAGAUUAUGAAUUCUCCUAAGAGGGCAUGCCAUUUGGCUAAACAAGCUUUUGACGAGGCAAUUGCAGAGUUGGACACCUUGAAUGAGGAUUUAUACAAGGACAACACCUUGAUUAUGCAGCUGUUGAGAGGCAACCUCACUUGGACCUCUGAUUUGCCUGAAGAUGGAGGUAUUUUAUAA